AUGUUUGCAGUCAAUGCAACUGGUACCGAUAAACGUGAGCCGCUCAUCAUUGGGAAAGCUUUCAAGCCAAGGGCUUUCUACAAAAAGACAGGAGAGGAACUUGGGUUCUACUAUGGAAAUAAUGCCAAGGCAUGGAUGACCGCAGUCAUCUACACGGAAUGGAUCCAAAGAUGGGAUCGAGAGUUGCGCAGGAAUGAUCUACGAGAUCAAUCAACUUCAGGCCAUGCGCCUUGCAUCAGAGCUUGGGAUGCGGUCAAAGAGGAGACAAUUGCAAAUUGCUGGCGGAAAUCAGGUAUUCUUCCAACAAACUUGUCUGGUCUGGCAACUAUAGAUGAAGGUGCUGAAGCGGAAUUAGAACUUGGUUUAACACUGGAUCAGCUUGCGGCUCGUGGUGUACUCCAUGUCACAAACCGCCUUUCAAUAAACGAUCUCUUAAACCCGGAAGGUGAACAGGGAGGGGUAGAACACUGUACGGAUGAAGAGCUCCUGGAAGCGGUGCAUCGGUCUUUGGAAAAAGAAGAUGGAGAGGAGGAGACAGAAGAAGUGGUCAAACCACCGCGGACUCUGAAAGAAGUGUUAUUUGCUGCACAAGUCCUGGAAGAAUCACUUGACCUGGUUGGAGAUCCGUACGCUUCUAAACUUGUCACCUUACUAAACCAACAUUGUAGGGAAAUGCGGUUGGAAGCUUCCUCUUCCUUGCGUGAUCAGACUCUCCAUCAAUUCUUUGGUCCUCGAGUUGAGAAUGCUACAAUUACCACUCUAGCCAAACCUGGACCAUCUUCAAGUUUCGUGAUUGAUCUAUCCCAUGAACCCACGGUUCUGUGGAACCAGAGGAUGCGCUGUGAAAGUCGAUAUCACCGUCAAAUUGAUCUCGGAGAUGGUGGAAAAGUCUAUCAGGUAUGGGGUAUGACAGAUUAUCGGUUAUGCAUUGUGUUGUGUAUGGGAACCAAUGUUGUUCUCUAA